AUGUCACAAACUGCCACCAAGGAGAUCUUGGUUGCUCACGAAGAAGAGCACGUUGGUGGCGAGUCUCCGGCUGAGAAUCAAGGUGCGCAACCAGACCAUCGAAUAGUCAAGGCAUAUGAAGGUGAUGGCCCCGAACCUGCCAUCACCCUGAAGACUUGGUUGGCACUUACUGCCCUUAUGUUCCACUAUAGCACGCACAGUGCCUUGAUCAGCAUCUGCGGGCCCAUCAUCACAUACAUCAACGCAGAUUUGGCCAAGACCGUUGCAACUGGGAUAGCUGCUCUCAUCAUAGGCACUACUACUGAUCUUCUUGGUCGACGGUGGGUGACCAUCGGAGGGUCGAUCCUGGGUGUCAUCGGCUGCAUCUUGGGGGCUACCGCUCAAUCGGUACCACAAGUCAUUGCAGCAAUGGCAGUCAACGGCAUUGGUGGUGGCGCCUCAUUGAACACCUUCGCUUGCAUGGCGGAAAUCGUGUCGAGGAAACAGCGAGGACUCGUGUUUUCCAUAAUGUACUUCAUGACGUCCUGCUUCGUCAUUGCGGGCUCUCUCAUCGGACAUGCCAUGUUGAGAACUGCGGCUGGCUGGCGAACUCUGUUCUAUCUGCUCAUUGCCAUGAAUGCACUGACCACCGUUCUGGGCUAUCUCUUCUAUCGACCCGGGCCGCCAUUGGCCUUGCAGACAACAACCAGGCGACAGAUCAUCAAAGACUUUGAUUAUGUUGGCCUAUUUGGUGUAACAGCCGGACCGGUCUUGUUACUGAUUGCCAUUAUCUGGCUUGGUGGUGCCUAUCCGUUCAAUUCACCUCAGGUCCUCAGCACGUUUAUCAUCGGGCUUGUCUUGAUUUUCGCCUUGGCCGUAUAUGAGGUCUACGUACCCAAGAAUCCGCUCCUGCACCCAUUUCUCUUCAAGGAAGUGCGCAAAUUCGUUACAUUGCUCGUGGUCACCUUUACCAGUGGAAUGCUAUAUUACUCUCUCCUGACCUUCUUGUCGCAAUACCUAUCAUUGGGCUAUACUGGCUCUAAUCCGAUCCGGGUUGGCGUGCUUCAAAUUCCAUUUGGAGUGGGAACCACCAUUGGAGGCAUUGGCAUAGGUCUAGUGUUCCGGUGGCUACGACAUCAACGAGUAGCUUUGCUCCUGUCGAUCGUUGUUCAGACCUUGUUUAUAGGACUCCUAGCUGUCCCAGGUCCGAGCAAUCUCGCCAUGGCACUUGCAUUUAUAUGCAUGUCUGGUAUUGGAAUCGGUGUGGAGCAGGUGAUCACCAUUCUCAUGGUCCAGCUGGCCCUUCCCGAAGAGUGGAUUGGGUUUGCAUCCGGAUCCUUGACGGCUUUUCGUUUGCUCGGUGGCUCUGUGGGCACCGCCAUGUACAUUACAAUCUUUCGACGAGAGGUACCCAAGCAUGUACCGCAGGCCAUUGCAAGAGCCGCAACUGAAGCCGGGGUGUCGAGCGGUUCAAUUCCGGAUCUCGUGACAAAACUCUUGACCGGCCAGGGCCCUGAAUUGACUUCCAUUCCCGGAGUCAAUGCUGAGAAUCUCGUCCCUAUUACGAAAGCUCUUCGCGCAGGAUACUUAGACUCGUUCCACAUUGUGUGGUACGUUGCGGUUGGUCUGGGUGUCUUGACUCUCAUUUGUGCCGCAUUCCAGGCAGAGCUCUCGAGUCAAGUUGACAAUACCGUCGCACAAAAGAUUGGGGAUGAGGAGAUCAAGACCACUGAUGGUUCCAAGGGCUUUGGACUGCAUUGA